AUGACGCCCCCAAUAGACACCCACAUCAUUCUCGUCCACGGGUCAUACCACACACCCUGGCACAUGCGCUUCCUCCAAGAUGCACUCGAACAGCACGGCUACACAACCUCUGCCCCUGCUUUGCCUUCCAUGGGCAAUCAAGCCCUCCUCUCCGACGAUGCUCAUGCAGUGCAAAAGGCCAUCGAAGCCGCCGCUGCAACCCACUCCUCCAUCCUCCCAGUCUUCCAUUCAUAUGCUGGAGCACCAGGCGCGGAGGCCAUCGCCGCCCUUUCCCCAAGCACGAGAGCCAAAGUCGUCCGAGUAAUCUACUUGGCAGCCUUCAUCCUGCCUCGCGGUGGAGCCAUGUCGUCGCCAGAUCCCGACGCGCCGCACCCGUGGGCAAUCACGUCCAAUAACUGGCGCAGUGUUCCCGAGCCUAUCCCCGUCUUCUACAACGACAUGAAAGCGUCGUUCGCCGCCCAGGCUGCAUCCCAUUGUCUUCCACAAUGGUUUCCCGCGCUCUUCUCUCAAACCACGUCCGAGGGCUGGCGGUUAUGCGAAGCGACAUAUGUAGUUUGCACUGAAGACUGCGCCAUCCCGAGGCAGAUGUUUUGGGAGGGGCGAUUCAAGCCGUUGUUGGAGGAGACGGAUGUUCGACCGAAAUGGCGAUUCUUGGAGAUUCAGAGCGGGCAUAGUCCGUUUUUGAGUAAGAUCGAAGAGACGGCACUGCUGUUGAGACGAGAGGCGGGGGAAGAUGUAUAG